AUGGCUGCCAGACCCGCGCUGUUCACCCGUGGCCUCUCGGGGCUCUCUCAGAGCACCACCGAGCCCAAUUCGCCCAGCGUCAGCUCCCCGGCCGACCAGCGCGACGAUGCGAAGCGCAACUUCCUCAAGGCCAUGCGCCCUCUGCCGACACAACACUACUGGAACGUCUACUUUGACAAGCAGUCGAAGGAACAGCAAAAGGCAGGCACCGACGAGGAGUACAAGGUCCAGCUGGAGCAGCUCGGCUCGCAGAUCGAGUCGGUCCAGGACUUUUGGAAGUACAACAACAACACCCCCGUCGACCAGAUCAAGAUGCGCGAGUCCAUCUACCUGUUCAAGCAGGGCUUCAAGCCCAUCUGGGAGGACCGCCGCAACAUCAACGGCGGCGCCUGGACCUUCCGCGUGCCCAAGAACAUCGGCCCCGAUGUGUGGACCCGCGUGCAGCUGCUGGCCAUUGGCGAGAAGCUGCAGAGCGUGCUGGACGACAGCGACCAGAUUUGCGGCGUCGGCCUGUCGGUCCGCUUCAACUCGCACCUGAUUUCCAUCUGGCACCGUGACGGCUCCAAGCAGAAGUCCAUCGAUGCCAUCCUCGAGUGCGUCCUCGAGGAGCUCCCCGCCGAGCUGCGCCCCAAGGCCGAUAACUACUUUUACAAGCGCCAUCAGGACCACGCCGGCUUCAAGGCUCCUCCCGAGCUCCAGGUCGUCAUCGACUCGCAAAAAGCCGCCGCCGAGAAAGCAAAGGCGGUGGGAGGCGCGCCGGCUUAG